GGUUCAUCCACUGUCUGUGUGAACCUGUGGUUUUUCAAAUAAAUGUAGAUGUUUCCUCCUCAGCUCUCAGCCUCCUUUGAGGUAUUUAUUAUUUAUUAAAUUAAAGCGGAAGAACAGUUUUCUCCACCUAUUCUUCAAAGACGACCCUUAAAAGGAGCAAACCUUAUUUUUUUGAGUCACUUUGACUUGUUUCUUUCUCUUCUUGCAGACUCGCUCUGAUUCAACCCCUGUCCGUCUGUUUUUCUCUUUCAGAGAUAAAAAUCAGAUCCAAAUAUAGCUCUCUAAGACACUGACAGCAGCUUUGAAAACGUGCCUGUGUUGUGCAGCCUUGAAAAGCUUGUUCUCUUUUUGAGAGCAACACGCUGUAGUCGUUUUGCUCGUACACGUGUUUGCCUUCAGUGGUUUCUCUUUUUGUCUCUCCUUCUCUGCAUUCUCCCCGUCUGUCACGCUCCGUCAGUAUCAAAAGUUACCUUCCUCUGUCUGCCCUACCGACACUGUGAGCGAGGGAAUCAGGGGAAGGAGGGGGAGAAUGGGAAGAUGGAAGAUGCUGAAAAAAACAAGAGCAGGGGAAUGUGUGACCCUUCUCAGAAUGCAGAGGUGGAAAACUGGGAGCAGCCCUGCACACAGGAGAAACCCAGCAACAUGACAGAUCCUGGACCAGACUCAGGGAGAGGCAGCGGGGGGGAUUCAGAGAACAGCUGGUUCAUGUGUCGGACCGACUUGGACAUGGCAGAGUUACACAGCAACAUCUCAUCCUCAGCUGUACAACUGAAAGUGUCAGUGGAGCUUCAGCUGGGCGGAGCAGAGACCCUGAAUCUCACCUUGUAUGGCCACAACAACCACAGCCACUUGGACCUCCACCCACCUGAGGAGCAGGAGGAGGAGACGGAUGGGGGGAAGGGUGAUAAAGGACAGGGGGCAUUCUACUGCUGUCUCCCUGGUGUCCUGCCCGCCGCGGGCUCGACCAAUCGAACCCGCUGUCUCCUUUGGCUCGCCAAUCAAACCGUUUCGACUGCAGCAGCUGAGGCAAGGCUGCCAUGGAAACGGACAGGGAAAGCUGAGUGGCGGUGUAUGUUCAGGGUGCUCUGCUUGGCUCUUCUGUGUGUGCUGCUCCUGACUGUAGUUACAUCUGUGCUUGGAGAGCUCUACCGGAGGAAACGCUCACGCAAAAAGCCCACAGUGCAUCCGGUUUACAACUUCACUGGUCAGCAGGUCGACGAUGGAGAUGAUCACACAGAAAACUUACCUCCUGAAGUCCUCCACUUCUGUGGCUCGCGGCGUUGGUCAGAGCUGUCACCCAUAAAAGAAGCCCAGUCUCAAGAAGACAUAGAAACUCUGCUGGAUGGAAAUGUGAACAGCUGCUAUACUGCAAAUCUGCAUCACCGUGUUCAUCCAUCCAUCUCCUCCACCACAGAGGGGCAGAAGCAGGAGAGGAGCAUUGAAACUGACUUCAAGUGAAAAAUGAACCAUUGUGUUCGAAAAAUAAAAACAUCUGAAACAUA